AUUUUUACCUAUGAGAGGAAGUGGUAUUCUCGUAAGGACCUCGCCCGUCAUCGAAUCCACGGGGAUCCCGAUGACACCUCCCAUCGUGGGCAUCCCCUGUGUAAAUUCUGCGACGAGCGUUACUUGGACAACGACGAGUUACUGAAACACCUCAGACGGGAUCAUUAUUUUUGCCAUUUCUGUGACUCCGAUGGUGCUCAGGAAUACUACAGCGACUACGAAUACCUUCGGGAACACUUCCGCGAGAAGCACUUCCUUUGCGAAGAGGGACGGUGCAGCACGGAGCAGUUUACCCACGCUUUUCGCACGGAAAUAGAUUAUAAAGCCCACAAAACGGCCUGCCACAGCAAGAACAGGGCGGAGGCCAGGCAGAACCGGCAGAUCGACCUUCAGUUCAACUACGCUCCCAGGCACCAGAGGAGGAACGAGGGUGUUAUAGGUGGAGAGGACUACGAAGAAGUGGACAGGUACAACAGGCAGGGCAGGGCGGGCAGACUGGGCGGCCGAGGAAGCCAGCAAAACCGAAGAGGCAGCUGGAGAUACAAGAGGGAAGAAGAAGACAGAGACGUUGCAGCAGCAGUCAGGGCGUCCGUAGCAGCCAAACGACAAGAGGAGAAGAAACGGGUCGAGGACAAAGAGGACAGCAGCAGCAGAGGUAAAAAGGAGGACUUGAGGGAUCCCGAAGUGCUCAGCUCCAAACGCGUGCCAAAGUCUUCAAAUGAUGCUGCAGAAGCAGCUGCCAAUGGUGCUCUAAGCCAAGAUGACUUUCCAGCAAUCUGUUCAGCAGCGGGACCUCUGCAGGGCUCUGCCCAGCCAGCAGCCGUUAAGCUUAAAGAAGAAGAUUUCCCCAGCUUGUCGUCCUCUGCAGCCCCCACCAUCUCUGCUGGGAUGGCUUUGACCUACACAGCGACUGCAAAGAAAACGGCUUUCCAAGAGGAGGAUUUCCCAGCUCUGGUGUCCAAAAUGAGGCCUAACAAUAAAACGGUGACCAACAUCACGUCUGCGUGGAACAGCGGUUCCAGUAAAAGUGUGGUCAAAGCCAUGAGCAACCCCUGCGUAAACCAGGUAGCCAAAAAACCAUCCUUGAACAGCACUAAAGGAAGCAAGAAGAGCAAUAAACUCUCUCAGUCGGACGAUGAGGACAGCGGCAGCGGCUUGACCACCCAGGAGAUCAGAAACGCGCCGACGAUGUUUGACGUCUCGUCCUUGCUGGCGGCUUCUACCUCACAAACUUUUAUGAAAGUGAGCAAGAAAAAGAAGACGGGGGUUGAGAAGCAGAGGCCGUCGUCCCCGCACCCCUUGCAGGAGGCGACGUUUCCCAGGCUGUCGACCGAAAAGCCGCUGCCGGACGUGGAGCAGGCACCGAACGCGUCCUCUGCUCCUCACGCCCCUGACAGAUCCGCAGCCGUGGUGAACGGCCAUUCGGAAAAGUCCUUAGGGAUCUGCACUACACCCAAAGAGCCCCCCGGCCUUAAAAAGCCCGCAGGGACUAACAAGUGCCCUUUACCUCAGGAAGACUUCCCAGCCCUUGGGAGCUCAGGAUCGGCUCGAAUGCCCCCGCCACCAGGCUUUAACACCGUGGUGCUGCUGAAGGGUCCUCCCCCGCCGCCGGGGCUGGCGGUGCCCCUCGGCAAACCCCCGCCAGGCUUCGCUGUUAUCCCAGCCACCAACGUCUCCGAACCCGUCACCACCUCUUUGAAAGAGCCAAAAUCCUCUCACGGAUCCUACUUGAUACCUGAAAACUUCCAGAAGAGGAACAUCGAGCUGAUACAAUCUAUUAAAGAGUUUCUUCAAAGCGAUGAGUCCAAGUUCAAUAAAUUUAAAACUCAUUCUGGGCAAUUCAGACAGGGUCUGAUUUCCGCAGCACAGUAUUACAAAAGCUGCCGAGAGCUGCUUGGAGAGAACUUCAAGAAGAUCUUCAACGAGCUGCUGGUGUUGUUGCCGGACACGGUUAAACAACAAGAACUCCUCUCCGCUCACAACGACUUCCGAAUCCGAGAGAAGCAAAGCUCCAACAAACCCAAAAAGAACAAAAAGAACGCUUGGCAGACGGACUCCAGCUCCGACCUCGACUGCUGCAUCUGCCCCACGUGUAAGCAGGUGCUGACCCAGCAGGACGUGGUCACCCACAAAGCUUUGCAUAUCGAGGACGAGGAGUUCCCCUCCCUGCAGGCCAUCAGCAGGAUCAUCAGCUAG